AUGUUUUCGGAAAUUCAUUCUGUUCAAAACUUGGAUCAAGUUCCUGCACCUUUUAACUCUAAUACUCAUUAUUUCCUUUUGAUAUCUAAUUCCAAUCUCAUAUCAAAUCUUUCUGCAGAAACAGAAAAUAUAAUGCGAUGGAAAAGUGAAUGUUUGGCAGCUUUAAAAAUAGUCAAUAAAAAUUAUAUAAAGGAUCUCAAUAUCAUUGAAGCUUGUUUUGAACUGAUUAUGACAAUUAAAAAACAAGACUUUAGAAAAUUGCAUUUGCAGAAACUUUUAUCACGAGAGAAAUUGACUUAUCAUGAAUUGUAUGAUGUGUUCAAGAUGAGUCAAUGUUGUCAAAAUUCCAAACUGCUUAUUUUUAAAAAAUCUAUUUUACAACAUGCUGACUGGAAUAACGAGUUGAAUCUAAAAACUUUGUUGUGGGAUAAAAUUGCUGACUUUGUUGAAGAUGCCAAGAUUGAAAUUAUAAAUUUUGAAGGGCGUACUGCCUUUCGUGUAUCGGCAAUGAAUUUAGUUAUGAGCGAAGUUGUACCACGAUUAGAAAAACGGUUUAAAUCUUCUGACAAUAUUUCAGAAGUUCAUUUUGUUAGUGGUUGUGUUGUUCACGCUGAUGUAAGUUUGAGGAAGGAUGUAUGGCAUGGAAAGAACAUUGUGGUAUAUACGCGUCUCUUAAAAGUUCAUGGUUGCAUUAUCUGGGACGUAUCAGGUCUGGACAACAUGCAUACUUAUAAGACAGCUGCAGAUACUGGCCGUUCUGGAUUUGGAGAUGACGGUGAAGACGGUUUUGCUGGUGAAAGUGGUGGAAAUGUUUUAAUUGAAGCCAUUUCUGUAGAUGGUGUGGAAAAUCUUAGAGUAGUCUCUAAUGGUGGAGCAGGAAGUUCUGGACAAGACGGCGGUAAUGGAAAAAAUGGCAUAAACGGAUACGGAAUUGAACCAAAUUCUUUCAAAACUCUGUUUCCUUCGACUUGUAAUUUUAAAACUUCAUAUAAAACAAUUGAAGACGCCUUUAUGGACAUAGACACUUCCUAUUACAAAAGAUCUUGGUGGCUUGGCCAACAUGUAUAUUUAGAAGGAAAAGCUAAGGGGGGUUUUCAGGCAAAAUAUAUUGCGCAUUCUAUGCAUCGCUCACUUGUUCUUUGUGAAGGUCUUCCAGCAACGCCUCCCGGUUUUGGCGGCCAACGUGGUAUGGGAGGACAAGGAGGAAGCGGCGGUGAAAUUGUGGGUAUCGCUGGUGAAAGUCAGUCUGGAGCAGACGGUCCUGAUGGAGACGAAGGCUUUAAUGGAAUACCAGGAAAAUGCGGUUGGGACAUAGGUCAUACAGACUCUUUUUCAGGCGGAAUGAUCUAUGAGGGUUUUGAUAAAAAUAGUAAAUUGAUCCUGCAACAUCAUAAAUAUUAUGUAAAGGAAGGCGUUUGGUGUGAAAGGUUCAAAGCAUAUGUUUCUUUUCAGUCCACCAAAAUCAGUGAAACAAACAUAGUGCAAUUUAAGAAAAGGUGUGACCAUAAAUUCAGGUACGAUAGGCAGCCACAAGCACAGAGCAUUAGAAGGAAACAUAUCUCUAAAGAAAAAAUUGACGAAAUUUAUUCAAAAUUAAUCGAUCAUGCAACUGAGGCUAUGGACGAUAUCAGAGAUGGAUUGAAAAAUAUUGAACAAAAUUUGAUAUUUGAUAAUUACCAAAAAUCUGCAGAAGAAAAAGAAACGACUCAAGAAAAAAAGAACACAUUAAGCAUUGUUUUGAAUGUUUAUCUCAAAAAAAUAACAUGUUCGGAAAAUAUAAUUAAAGUUGAUUCAAAUUCUGCUUGUAGUUACGAUACAAAAUUAUUUGAGGCAUUCUUGUCAAUAGACAAAGAUUUAAAUUUACAGAAAUUUCGAUUCAAUGAAAUUGAUGACGUAGCAAAGUUUAUUACAAAAAAUCUAAAUCAUCACAAAAAACAUCGUACACAUGGAAGAUUAGGUUUAUUAAAUGAUUACAUACAUGGAAUAAAUGCAAUGAGCUGUGAAAAUGUUUUCAAUUUAAUCACCAAAGAUUACAGAAGAUAUGAUAAUAAACUUCUAAUUAACUGUAUACAAAAUUAUGUUUUAAAAAAUAUUGAUAGUCAUGACGAAAACAUUGAGAAACAUUUCAAAGAGUAUGAAGACUUUCUUGAAAAUAAAAGGCGAGAAAUAAAUUAUUUAUUGAAAUCAUUUGUGCUUGAACUUGCAAAGCCGAAUAACAAAAAAAUUAAAAGAUUAUUGAUUUCUGGUAUGUAUGAUUCUAGAAAAAUUAGAGAAUUUGAAUUUGAACUGACAAAACUUAAUUUAGAACUUAAUGUCGCAUAUAAUAAACUAACCGAUUGCCUAAAAUCUGAGUUUUUAUGGAAUAAUGCUUGCUCGGAUGAUUAUCUUCUAUCCCAACUAAAACAAGAAUUUUUAACAAAGGGAAUUCAAUCGAGCAGUUUCAGAGAGGUAUUAUCUUACAUCUACAACUGUAAUAUUAAGUGUUAUAUUGCUAAAGAUGGUGAAUGCAGAACGAUCAGUAGUCAUAAUCCAAUGGCCAAACAUCACGUUCAUUUACUUUAUGACGAUGGAAAAGUUUGCGAAAUGAAUGUUGAUGUGAUCUAUAUGCAACUGUAUCAAGAACGUAGAACUAGGGCUGCCAAGUACAAGAAUAUACUUAAUAAAUUGUUCAAUGCUAAUGAGAACGAGAUAUCUGAUUACAUAGCCAAAAAAUUAUAUACAACACGGUUCAAUCAUAAAAGAAUUUACCAAAAUAAAAUUAAUGAUGAUAUUCAAAAAAUUAUAUCGAGCUGUAAAGGUUUUAAUAAGAACGAAAUUCUCACACAAAGACUUAGAAAAUUGUCACCUACAUAUAUUGUUGAUAAUCCAAUUUUGUAUUAUUUGAUGAAAAGGUUUUCUUGUGAGCAAGUUAAAAUAUCUUUUGAAGAACUUUUGUAUCUAAUAAACUCGGUGAUAUUCUUCUUUCUUGAUGAUGAAGACAGCUAUUUCUUGAUUAACUGGAUUAUUGUUACGCACAAACAAGAAGAAUGGCUGAAUCAAUUGCUGUUUUUGAAAUUGCAAAACUAUUUUAGAAGUUCAUUGAAAGUAAACAUCGAAGAAUGGAAUAAACUACUUUCAAAAUGCGCGAACAGACCUUUGUUGCUAUUAUUUUUAGUGAAAUUACAAGAAUCUUGUAUUAGUAUUGGGAAUGUUGAUGAAAUUUUCACUUAUUUAGCUGAAUUGCCAAAAAUUUCAACGACGGAAUUUGAAGUACUUGGUUUAUCCGAGUGGCAACAUAAAGUUAAAGAAAUUGCCUACAAGUCCAUGAUAAAACAACGACUUAAUUAUGCAGAAUCUUCUGAUAUUCAAAUUGCAUCCAUUACUCAUAAAAAGCCAGAAUUUUCAUCUUUGACAAAUGUUUUAUAUUGGUUUCAAACAGUUUGCGAAGAGACUUGUAUUAGUGAGACCGAAAUAAAUUUGCUAAAUGACCAAAACGAAAAUGUUUGGAUAGAGAUUUUAAAAGAAAAAUAUUUAAAGACUUCUGAUGAUAGAAGUUAUGAGGAACUUGUGAAUAUAAUUACUUCAAAGAAUAAUGGAAGUACAUUGAAAGUUAUGCAAACGAUUCAAAAUUGGUCUGAUAAAGAAAAGCAUUUCACAGAUUUUUUGAAGCUAGAUCAGUGGUUUCAAAAGUCUGUAAAAACAGAUGAAGAAAUUCUAUUUGCUGUGGACAGAAUUAUAGAACGAGAAAAGAAGGGAAUAAAACUUCGAGAUGCCCAAAAGUUGUCGGUUAUGAUCUUAUUGAAGAACUCGAAUAUAUUUGCACAAAUAUCAACAGGAGAGGGUAAAUCAUUGAUAAUCGUUGCAUUUGCGAUUAUAAAAGCGUUGAGGAAAGAAAAAGUUCACAUUGUUACGAGUUCAACUGUUUUGGCUAGACGAGAUGCUUCAGAAAACAUGUCUAUUUUUAAGGCAUUUGGGGUCAAUGUCGGGCACAACUGCGACGAGAAAAUGGAUCUAAGGAAACAGUCGCAUUCUAAAAACAUGGUAAUUUAUGGUGAACUUUCAUAUUUUCAACGGGAUUAUUUGCUAGACAAAUUUUAUGGUGAGAAUAUUUUGGGCGACACAACUUUUGAUAAUAUUAUUGUAGACGAAGUGGACUGCAUGCUUUUGGAUAGAGGAAACAAUAUGUUGUACUUGUCCCAUGACAUUGCCGGUUUCGAUAAACUAGAAUCGGUUUAUAUAUUCAUAUGGAAAUGGAUAAACAGGCCUGUGACGUCCGAAUCAGGAUUUUCAGAAGUAUUCGACGAAGACAAAUUAGAGAGAGCAGUUUUGAGUCAAAUUCAUAACAUCAUUGACAUGUCAGACUUGAAGAGCAUCGAUAACGAUUUGAGCGAAAAUGAAAUCGAAAAGCUAUGGCACGAGUUGAUAAAUAAUCAUAUCUUGGAUUCCAAAGGCAGAGUGAUAAAUAAGAAUCUCGCAGCAAAUAAUAUCAGAAACUCGCUGACAGAUAAAUUUAAGAUCUAUUCUUCCAGGUUAACGUUUCUUUUCAAGAAUUGCGUAGAGAAACCAAAAGAAAUUUUUAUACCCAAUUAUUUAAUUGGUUUUGUUGAACUUCAUUUACGAAAUUGGAUCAAGAACGCCAUCACAGCUUUAUUUAUGCAAGAAUUUCAAAACUAUAUAAUCGAUGUCGACAGAAGUGGAACUGUCUCAGAUAGGAAUCCAAAAGUGGUUAUUUUGGAUACUGACACAGGUACCGACCAAGUGAAUUCUCAAUGGGAUGAGGCUUUGCACCAAUUUCUUCAGCUGAAACACGGUUGUAAGUUGACCAUGCAAAGUCUAAAAGCCAUUUUCAUUUCAAACGUGUCAUAUUUUAAUAAAUACGCACGCAAAUAUGGAGUCACAGGCACUUUGGGCUCUGACCAGGAGAUGAGCUUGUUGUCCAGUGUGCAUGAGAUGAAGACCGUGGUCAUUCCUACAUCAAAACAAAAGCAAUUUACGCCAUAUGAAGCGAUUGUAUGUCAAAACGACGACGAAUGGACCAAGGCUAUAAAACAGGAAGCACUUGGCAUUGUAGCUGCCGGAAGAUCUAUUCUGAUUAUUUGUGAAACCAUGAAAGAUGUUAAUUAUUUGGAAGCGGUAUUGAAAAGUGCAGAACACCAGGAAUAUGAAGUGGUCACCUACGUACGAGAGUACGAGGAAUUCCGCAUCAAAGAUGGUUUGCAAUGCGGUGUGAUCAUAAUUUCCACGAACUUGGCCGGUCGUGGUACAGAUAUUAAACUAUCGGAGAGACUAUGCAACCAAGGUGGUCUUCAUGUUUGCAUGACAUAUUUGCCAAGCAGCUUGAGGGUCGAGGAGCAGGGCUUCGGUAGGGCUGCCAGACGUGGCGAAAGGGGCUCCGGACGACUUAUUGUUAAAAAUGAUAAGGUAGAUGAUGUGACUACACUUCGAGAAUUGAGAGAUGCCGCUGAACUAAGACGGAUAUCGGAAGUUAAAUCGUAUUACGACAAUCAAAUCAGAACUGAGGAAGAAUAUUUCGGUAAAUUCAAAGAAGUUUAUGAUAAACUCAAGCGCAAAGUUGGAAAAGUUGAAUUUAAAAAAGUUUUGUUGGACAGUUGCUUGGACAGUUGGGCGAUUUGGCUGGAUAGCGUCUCCAAAUACAUGCGCGAUAUACAGGAAGCGCAGUGCAGGAAACAUGUUGAAACAUCAUUUGAAUAUUUUUUGAGUGAAAUAAAUACAUUUAGUAACGAUGAGCCUUACAUUGAAUGGGUGAGACAAAAUCCGAUGCGUAUGAACAAAGUCGGUAAAUGCUUGGUCAAUGAGAAAAAAUACGACCAGGCAUUGACAUUAUUCAAUAAAGUCAUUUCAAAAGAACCAAACUUUUGCGAAGCUUCGUAUUAUUACAAAGCGCUCGCUUGUAAAAAUAAAAAUGAUAAAGAAAUUGCACUAAAAAAGGCUUACGCGCUUUUCCGAAUGCACAUGAAUCAGUUACUAAUUUACACAAACAUUGUCGAACAAAUUAAAGAUACACAUCACAUUGACAUCGUGCAAAUAGAAUCGUUCAGAGAACAGAAAAAGAAUCUGUACGAUAAUUAUGCAGAAUUCAUGACAUCUAUUGAUAAUAUUUUAGGAGUUCCCAUUACAUCAAGUACUUUUUCGGGAAUGAAUAAGAUAUCAGCCGAAAUUCUUUACAGCAAAUUGUCCAGAAAAGAGCAUUGCUUAAGUAAUCCUGAAGUUAAUCAGAACAUUGACAAGAAGAUUUUGGAAAAUAUUGCGUUUAGGUUUGGUAUACAACAGGAGGAGCUUUAUCAAUUGCUUUUGAAUAAAACUUUCAAGUCGGAAGAGGAUUUUUUAGAAGCAUUUGAAACCAACUUUACAUUUUGCAACAAAGAAAUAUUUUGGAUUGAAUUUGACUCAAUUAUAAAAGAAGACUUGGAACGAGCAAAUAUUCCAGUUGCAGAUGUUGAACAAAUUUUUGAUUACUUAAUUAACGCUGGCAUUUUGGGUGAAACAUCAGGUGAAUACAGAUUAUUAAAAGAGUUUGUUGAGAUACCUGAUAUUAAUCUACCGUUUUGGAAUCUUUAUAAGGAAACAGUGAUGCAUAUUUUAUCAGAAUGCUUUGCUUACAGAAUAGCUUUGCAAUAUAUUCAGGAAAAAGUCAGAAAACAAGAACAAGUUAUCAUAUUUGAAUUUUUGCCUCGAUCGUCUCGUUUACUCUACAAAGAACUUGUUGAAAAUGGAAUAAUCGAGCCAAGGUUUUUGAGUCCUGAUUCAAAAACAUUAUUCCAAGAUGUACGUGAUCUUGUUUUCACAGAAGACGAUUUGAAAUACCUUGUUAAUAAAGAUAUAAAUAAAAUGACGUAA